CGGCAAAACCCCGGGAUGUUGUCACUCUCUCUCGCAGGAAGGUCGGUUUCCACAGAGCAGUGAAGAUACCGCUCAUCUACCAUGAGCUGUUUGGAUGUUAUGUACCCAGCCUAUGGACAUUACGCACCGUACGCACCGACUGCUCCUGCUUUUAUCAAUAGCUUUCAGGCUCCCGCAGGUCUGAGCAGCACUUCUCCUCUCAGCCGGGAUUUUAUGGACACUCCCAGGGGUCCCGAGGGGAUGUCUGGGGGCCCGGGCACUGGAGGAUCAACUUCCUCUUCUUCUUCAACCAGCUCUUCCUCUUCCUCGUACACACCUGCAGCUUUAAGGCCAGAGGAGGGCCCCAAGGAGAAGCAGGAGGCCCCUGAGGCAGAGUACCUGACGUCUCGCUGUGUCCUCUUCACCUACUACCAGGGAGACAUCAGCAGCGUGGUGGACGAGCACUUCUCCAGGGCUCUCAGCUCAUACAUGGAUGGAGAGGGCAAACGCAGGGCAGCAGACCAACAGGGCACAGACACCCCUUCACCCAGCAGUCGAAGAAGCUUCCCUCCAUCCUUCUGGGACAGUAACUACUCCUCGCCACAGAGCCGCUCCCACUGUGAGACGGGUGCUCCUUCCUAUUCCAUGGACCCAUACGCAUCAGCACUGCACGCGGGCCUGCCGCACCCUCACGCUCACCCUCACCCACACGCUCACCCUCACUCCCACCCUCACCCACCAGAAAGCUGGGGAUACCCCCAGGCCCAAGCCUACGGCCACCCACGGCCUCUCCACGAACUGUAUUCACCGUCAGCUUUGGAGCCCCACUACGGGCCCCUGCUCAUGCCCACGGUGAGGCCCCCUCAUCUCGCCACCCUGCCAAGCCACUACGAAGUAAGCAAGCUGGAGCCCACUGCCUCCUGGCCUGGCCUGCUUCCACCAGGAGAUGUUGGCCAAACACUGGCACUGAACAUGGAUGCAGGCCUCCAGCAGCACAAGAAAGGCAAGGAGCUGUACUGGUUCUAACGAGCCCUUCAGUCACAUUGACCAGCCAUUACCAGAUCCAAUUAGUCCCUGGACCUGCUCCGCUAUUGAAGCAGCGUGUCCCUUUAUCCCCCCCCACACACACUCCAUCC